AGUAUUUAACCUGCAAAGUAAAAAUGUGAGGCUAGCAGUCUUAACGUUUUGGGGACUUUUUUCUCGCUGCUUGGAAUCAAUAAGUCGUACUGAAAGUUCUUGAACCUCAAAGAGCAUAUUGUUGAUGUAUUUAGGGAAUUGUUUGUGGCACGGGAACGAUUCCUUGCAAGACGUGCGUUUUGUGUGUGGAAGUAGGUUGUUCCACCCAAUUGGAGGGUGUAAAUGGAGGGACUCUGAAUAUGUCUGGCAUAGCUCUUAGCAGACUUGCACAGGAGAGAAAAGCCUGGAGAAAAGAUCAUCCAUUUGGAUUUGUAGCAGUACCUACCAAAAAUCCAGAUGGCACAAUGAAUCUAAUGAACUGGGAGUGUGCUAUUCCAGGAAAGAAAGGGACACCGUGGGAAGGAGGCUUAUUUAAACUACGGAUGCUUUUCAAGGAUGACUACCCUUCUUCACCCCCAAAAUGUAAAUUUGAACCACCGUUAUUCCACCCAAACGUCUAUCCUUCAGGCACCGUGUGUCUCUCCAUCUUAGAGGAGGAUAAGGACUGGCGGCCAGCAAUCACAAUUAAACAGAUCUUGUUAGGCAUACAAGAACUUCUAAAUGAACCAAAUAUUCAAGACCCAGCUCAAGCAGAGGCUUACACAAUUUAUUGCCAAAACAGAGUGGAAUAUGAAAAGAGGGUUCGAGCACAAGCCAAGAAGUUUGCACCAUCAUAAGCAUUUGUCACACAGCAUCUUAAAAAGGAAGGGAUUGGUUUGGCAAGAACUUGUUUACAAAACUUUUGCAAAAUGUAAUGUUGCUAUGUACAAUUAAUAUCCACAUAAGGGGAGGGGGUUGUAUGUGUGCCAUUUUCCAUAUUCGCCAGUUGUAUACAGUUCUAAAUUUGCUGAAUUGCCCCCAGUUUUUUCAUACAGGGUCUCUUCCUUCAGUCUUUUGUAUUUUUGAUUGUUAUGUAAAACUUGCUUUUAUUUUAAUAUUGAUGUCAGUAUUUCAACUGCUGUAAAAUUAUAAACUUUUAUACUUCUAUAAAUUCACUAGUAUCUCUAGUUACUUUGCUAUCUGAUGCAGGCAUGCUUUAAAAUGUUAGACCUAUAUUUAGCCUCUAGCUGGCUGUAUGAAAAAAAAUCAUGCCCUCCACCCCCUUCCCUCCCUGAAUUUGUUUUUUCUAUCUUUCAGAAACUAGGUUGUUAUUGCUUAAGAGCAUCUGAGAUCCAAAGUUAGCCAGCAUCCUUAUUCUGCAUCACUUUCUUUGUGUUUAUAUGGCAUUCUGUCUGUGUUGCUGUUUAGAGUAAAUAAACUGUUUAUAUAAAGGG